UUGAGCAUGUGGCACACUCAAACCUAGAUUUUCUAGUUGUAUCUCUGGAAGCUUCGCUCUAGUUACUCGUGUGCUAGGCAUCUUCGAAUUAAUUAUUGGAAAAUGUGUAAAUAUCUUAGUAACGAAUUAAAUUUUAUUGAUGUUCGGUAGUAUAAUUGUAAGUGAAAUGUUAAUUUCAAAUCGUGUACGUCGAGGAGCAUCCGAAUAUCUUAUGAACUGACUCUGCUUCGUGUUCAGUGUUAAAGUUGAAAAUGAAGGGCAAAUUUCGUAAACUUAGUUCAGCUUACAAUUUUCUUCCCUUACUUUCGAGCGCAAUUAUACAGGAUUAUCUAAUAUAGAUAUAUAUAAUUUCCCUGAAUCGUUUGAAGUCUUCAAAAAUUAUUUAGCCUUUCUUGAAAUAUUUGAGAGUAUAAUAUUCAUCAAAAAUGAUGGGCUUUCUUGGCGUGCACACUGUAUUCAUUGAUCCGGCACUUCUCCAUCAGCUGACGACAAUAACCAUAACCUCAACUGUGUGUGUUUACUAGAACGCGGAUGCGUAGUUUAUUGGUUAAUUGUGCGAGUACCGCGUUAAAUUGUCGUUAUGUCUAGUGAGCCACUCUCAGCGAAUAAUGCUGUUUUGGUACACAGCGAAAAGCUUCCGGAAAACACUCCCAUCGUGUCCGGUUAUGAAUGGAAUAAUGGCAUCGAUUAUUCCGCUUUAUUGAAUGGCUACAUCAACUGCGGCUUCCAGGCAACGAAUUUUGGAAAAGCGAUAUUGGAGAUCAAUAGAAUGUUGGACUGCCGAGAGAAACCACUGGACGAGGAGUCGUCUGAGUCAUUCGAGGAAGACGACUUCAUAAGAAGAAAAUCGAAUUGCACCAUAUUUUUGGGGUACACAUCAAAUAUGGCAUCGUGCGGCGCGAGGGAGACCAUCCGCUUCCUUGUGGAGCAUAAAAUGGUUGACUGCAUAGUAACGACGGCUGGUGGAGUCGAGGAGGACAUCAUUAAGUGCUUAGCGCCAACAUAUAUAGGAUCGUUUGAAUUACCCGGGAAGCGAUUGAGGGAGCAGGGCAUCAAUCGCAUAGGCAAUCUUCUCGUACCUAACGACAACUAUUGCAAGUUCGAGAACUGGCUCAUGCCGCUCUUGGACGAGAUGUUGGUUGAUCAACAAACGAAAAACAUUCUAUGGACCCCGUCGAGAAUCAUUCAACGGUUAGGCGAACGUAUUAACGACACAUCGUCCAUUUAUUAUUGGGCGGCGAAAAACAAAAUUCCUGUUUUUAGUCCAGCGUUGACAGAUGGCAGCCUGGGCGACAUGAUGUACUUCCAUUCGUAUCGAAAUCCGGGAUUGGUAGUUGAUAUUCUUUCUGAUUUGAGGCGCUUGAACUCGAUGGCUGUGAAAGCAAAAAAUACUGGAAUGAUCAUUGUGGGUGGUGGUCUGAUAAAACACCACAUUUGCAAUGCGAACCUGAUGAGAAAUGGAGCAGAUUAUGCUGUCUUCGUAAAUUCUGCGUCAGAGUUCGAUGGAAGCGACAGUGGGGCGCGCCCCGACGAAGCCGUGUCCUGGGGGAAGAUAAAGAAGGAAGCGGAUCCAGUCAAGAUCUACUCCGAGGCUACCUUAGUAUUACCACUUUUAGUAGGUGAAACAUUUGCAAAACGACAUUUUCAGAAACAAAAUAAAAAUAAGGUAUAA